AUGGUGGCAAUACAUCCGAUUUUAAUGAAUGCAGUGACGAUUAAAUUUUUUUUUUAUGUAAAUGAAUUUGAAGUCGAUGCUAUUAAUUGGGAUGAACUCGACGUACUUCAAAGAGAGCUGGAAAUAGCAGAUAAUUCAAAUGACCAAGACUUAAAUAGUGUAAAAAAUGGUUGUCUUCAAUUAAUAAGUGAUACACAUCUUAGUAUUGACGAACAAAUUAUUCCGUUUACUGGCAGCACUCGAUUAAUACAAUACGUCAAAGGUAAACCUAACCCCGAAGGACUUAAAAAUUUCGUAUUAGCUGAUAAAAAUGGCUUAGUUUUAGAUAUUUUUAUUUAUCAAGGUAAAAAAACUACAAUUGAUCAUGACGAUUGUGAAUUUUCAUUAACUUUGGCUGAAUCAGUUGUGUGGCAUUUAAGUGAAACAGUCCCACCCAAAACGUGUUUAUAUUUUGAUCGAUAUUUCACCACUGAAAAAUUAGUACAGAUACUACUAAAAAAAAAUUUUUUUUCUACGGGUACAGUAAUGAAAAAUCAUUUGCCAAAAAAUAUAACAUUAAUGUCAGAUAAAGCAAUGAUGAAAUCAAAUAGAGGUACUUCAAAACAAUAUGUGAGAGAAGAUAAAAAAAUGGUAUUGGUAAAAUGGUUUGAUAAUAAGCCAAUCCAUUUAUUAUCUUCGGAAAGUGAUAAAGAACCAAAAGAUACUUGCCGCCGAUGGUCAAAAAAAGAAUUUAAAAAAAUUGAUGUGGAAAGACCUAAUUGUGUUAAAAAUUAUAAUACAUUUAUGGGAGGUGUCGACUUGUGUGAUCGCAUGAUAGCUCAUUAUUGA